AUGAAGAGCUGCGUUUGCGUACUUCUCCUCGCAGCCGUUGUAGCGGCUGAGCCUCCUCGCUAUAGACAGGCGAGGUUGACAUCAGCGCGACAGGAAGACGGACAGCAGGACGCGCAGCAAACGGAAGACGCUCCCUACCCCGCGGCGGGCUUCAGGCCAACGAAAGCAUUCAACCUUCCGAGCCGCGAGGAUCUCUCGCCGCCAUCCACCUCGUACGGCGUUCCCGCCACGAGCUACGGUGCGCCGCUCAACACCUACGCCGCUCCCCAAAGUGAGUAUGGACCACCGGACGCCGAGGGCAAGAGCAAGAGCGGCGACAACAAAGAGGAUGUCGAGAGCAUCGAAGGGGCCGAGAAGAAGGGGGAGAAGAAGGAGAAACUGGAAGAGGAGCCGAAAAAUGACGCCGAGGUCGUGAGUGCUCAGGGCGCCUACUACGUAUUGCUGCCAGGCUCCCAGCUGCAGAGAGUCCCAGUUCCAAACGGAGAACGAUGUACGCAACAUGGCGUACACUGCACGCCUCCAAUACAAGAACGAGGACCGUGCCCCGAUCUACGUGUACACGGCAGUGCCACAAUACCAGUCGGCGGCUUAUGUGCAAUUGUUUUGAACGUUAGCUGCGUU